AUGAAGGUUGAAGUAUUACUACUAUACGAGUUGAUGAUACGUUUCUACGUGACAUUGAGACGGGUGUCACCAACACAGCCUCACAAGAUCCCAGCAGCAAUAAAGAGUAAUCAGGAACUUUUCAAGGAGAGGAAUAACCUUGACAAAGUUGCAAUGUUUCGAGCUGCCAACCUACCAAAACCAGAAGUCAAAACCGGCCGAUCAAUACCAGCAAAAGACGUGGAGGCCUCUUCGCGACGUCGCUGA